GGGGGUUAAAGGAAGAUAAAAGUGUCACCCAUGUGUAUCUCAAAAACCACACGAGAUCUGGAAAUAGGUUUCAUUUUGUAAAUAAAAUUAAGUUUUUUUCCAGAAAAUGUUUUACAAGAUUUUUUUUUUCACAAUUUUUUUUAAAGCAUCGUUAAAAUCUCCUUAUUAUUUUUACUUUAAUUUGCUAUAAUGAUGUUGUACUGCCACAUGGUGCAUGGUUGCAAUUGUAAGGAAAAUCCUCCGAUAUGUACCGUUUCAUGCUAGAGUUUACCAUAAAACUUAUUUAUUUGGUUAACUUUAUUGUGAAUGUAGAGCUUGGAAAGAAUUAGAGGCGAGCAAAAGGGGGGAGGCCAAGGAGUAAAAGUUUGUUGAAGAAAAUCUUUACAUGUAAAAGUGUUAUUAAUUUAGUUGGAGGAGAAGAAAAGCUUGGGAGGUAAAAAUGUCGGAUGGAUCAUCUCCUUCACCUGAAGAAUCACCAUCCUCAGGAUCAUCAUCAUCACCACCACCUCCUUUAGAGUCUUCUUCAUCUCCGCCACCGUCUUCACCACCUCCUUCUCCCCCAUUAUCACCACCACCUUCAGAGUCUUCUUCAUCUCCGCCACCAUCAUCACCACCACCAACAGAGGGAUCAUUAUCGCCACCUCCUAUCGAGAACCAUCCUCCACCAACGAGUGAAGGUGGUGGUGAAUCCAAGAAUAUUCCGGAGCAACCUUGGGCUCCACCUCAAGGAUUGGUCCCACCUGCACCACCAUUGUUGCCUGACCAGUCAUCCCCUCCCAUAAGUGGCGGUGGAAGCUCUUCAAAUGGUUCUAAGUCAUCCCGUCACGGUGUCGGAGUUGUAGCCGGAGUGGUGGCAGUGGGUGGCAUUUUGUUGUUGUUCAUGGUUGUUUGUAUAAUUUGUGUAAGAAAGAAGAAGAAAAAGCGUGCUGGGAUGCCCCCUUACGGUUGGGAUCCUCCUACCAAACCUCAAGGCAACCAGCAAUAUUGGCAAACUCCGCAAGAGCAUGCAGUGAAGAUCCCUCCAACAUCAGGUGGUUGGGGAUAUCCAAAUCCAAAUCAAAAUCCAAUGGGGAGUAGCGACGAAAGUGGACAACAAUCAGUCCAAAAUGCGGCAACAUCAUUAGCACCAUCUCCAAGUCUCACACUUGGUUUUAAUAAGAGCACCUUCACCUAUGAAGAGUUAGCUGCAGCAACUAAUGGGUUCGAUAAAUCAAGAAUGUUAGGGCAAGGUGGUUUUGGAUUUGUUCAUAAAGGUGUUUUGCCUAAUGGUAAAGAAAUUGCUGUUAAAAGCCUUAAAUCUGGUAGUGGACAAGGAGAGAGAGAAUUUCAGUCUGAAGUUGAGAUUAUUAGUCGUGUUCAUCAUCGUCAUCUUGUGUCCUUGGUGGGUUAUUGCAUUGCUGGUGGCCAACGCAUGUUGGUUUAUGAGUUUGUUCCUAACGACACUUUGGAAUUCCACCUCCACAAAAGAGGUGAAUUAGAUUUUCCCACUAGGCUUCGCAUCGCACUUGGAUCAGCUAAAGGGCUUGGUUAUCUCCAUGAAGAUUGUCACCCCAGAAUUAUCCAUCGUGACAUCAAAGCUUCCAAUAUUUUGUUGGAUGAAAACUAUGAGGCCAUGGUUGCUGACUUUGGACUAGCUAAACUUACCACUGAUACAAAUACUCAUGUCUCUACUCGUGUGAUGGGAACUUUUGGGUAUUUGGCUCCAGAGUAUGCUUCAAGUGGCAAGCUCACAGAGAAAUCGGAUGUAUUCUCAUAUGGUGUUAUGUUGCUAGAAAUUAUAACUGGACGUCGACCAGUUGACCCUAACAUGAAGUACAUGGAAGAUAGCUUGGUGGAUUGGUCUAGGCCACUCCUAGCAAAAGCACUGGAAACUGGUAACUACCAUGAUUUUGUUGAUCCACGUUUGGAGGGUAACUAUGACCCUCAUUUGAUGAAACGUAUGGUGGCUUGUGCUGCUGCUUCCAUUCGUCAUUCUGCUAAGAGGCGUCCUAAAAUGAGCCAGAUUGUUCGAGCAUUGGAAGGAGAUGUCUCAUUGGAUGACCUAAAUAAUGAAGGUGCAAAAGGAGGGCAAGGCUCAAUGUUUAGCUCAUCAGAGGGAUCAGAUCAGUAUGAUACUCGUGCAUAUAGUGCAGAUCUCAAGAAGUUUAGGCAAAUGGCAUUUGCAACUCAAGAUUUUGCAAGCAGUGAAUAUGGAGGAACCACUAGCGAGUAUGGAUUGAACCCAUCUAGUAGCUCAAGUGAGAGUUCAAAGGAGAUGAAUAGCAAAAACAUGUCCUAAUUGCUUUUAAUCAACUAGGAUGCCGCAUGACUAAUUUAUUACCGGACUGCUUUGUAAUCAUGAGCUAAUCAGUUUAUCAAAUAGAGAAUGUAUUGAAUUUCUCUAGAGAUUGCCUACACUUUCCAUAAUCACCUGGAAAUGGGAUGGAAGAGAAGCAAACACUACUACUUGUCGUACUAUAUUAUUCUGAAUAUAGUCUUCAAAAGUACCAACUUCUAUCAAGGAAAAAAAUUGAGUGUUCU